AUGGCUGGUAAACGGGCGCUGAUCGUGCUGGCCCACCAGGAACCGGCCUCCUUCAACCACGCCAUGCAGCGGGCGGCCGUGGAGGCGCUGAAGGGCGCCGGCUGGAGCGUCGCCGUCUCCGACCUCUACGCGGAGCGCUUCGACCCGGUCCUGUCGCGCGCGGACUUCGCCGGCGACCCCGACGACCCGCGCAACCUCAACUACGCGAAGGAGGCCGGGCUGGCCUGGAAGGAAGGCCGCCUUCGAGGCGACAUUCUGAGCGAGGUGGAGAAGCUGGCAGCCGCCGACCUCGUCCUCUUCCAGUUUCCUCUCCAUUGGUUUGGCCUCCCAGCCAUUCUGAAAGGCUGGUUCGAUCGGGUCCUCGUCCAGGGCUUUGCCUACUCCUACGGCGCUAUGUACGACCAGGGGCCCUUCCAGAAAAAGAAGGCCGUGCUGUCCUUCACCACUGGCGGGAUGGGUUCCAUGUACACCCCAGCAGGCAUCAAUGGAGACAUUAACAUCCUGCUCUGGCCAAUACAGAGUGGCACCCUUCAUUUCUGCGGCUUCCAAGUCUUGGCUCCCCAGAUUGCUUUCAGUAUUGGCCAGCACACUCCGGAGAAUGUCCGCUCCCAAAUUCUGGAGGAUUGGAAGAAAAGACUGAGAGCCAUCUGGGAAGAGGAGCCUCUCAGCUUUGCCCCAAACAGCCUUUUUGAGUUGAAUUUUGCUAAAGGCUUUGUGCUAAAGAAAGAUGUCCAGGAAGAGCAGGAAAAGGAGAAAUGCGGGCUGACUGUUGGCCAGCACCUGGGGAAGCCAUUCCCACCAGACAACCAGAUCAAGGCCCAGGAGAAGUAUUUGCCCCAUUGAGAAGCGGUGUAGGAUUGCAAUGGCUGUGAGCCCACCUCACCCCUCCCUCUCUUAGAAAUUAGCAGGUGCAGGGAAAGGGGCCUCUCAACUGGGCCUUCCUGAGUGACUGCUCAGCCAAGGCAGUGUUGGAUCAUUCAGGUAGGUUUUCCACCCAGCUCUAUUCUCUUGGUGGUGUAAUUGUGGGGUUCGAUUGCCUUCAAAGGUUGCCUGCCGAUGGGAUUAGAGAAGUCUGCUAGCACUGCUUCAGCAUUCACGUUGCCUAAAACCUGGGAAUCUUUUCUCUUUGCAUGUUUAGGAUGCCGUCAAUGUCAAUGCCUGCUUUUUAAGCUCCAAGUCUAGCUACUGAGGCUAAUCUGUCACAUGCUAGGUAUGAAGUGAUAAUUGUCCAUCCUUUUCUGUCUGUAAAUGUUCUUAAUGAAAUAAAAGCCCUGAA